AUGACUCCGCGCGACCUUCGUCUUAGUUGGAUGAACGUCAGUCCGCCGUUUAUCGAGUUCGACAUGUCGAUUGAAGGGUUUGGUUGUUUGUUGUUGCCUUCACUUGCCCCACUGGGUUCCCCAAUAUCGUACGGUAGUCCCAGCCCUCAGCUGGCACACGCUGGCAGCGUUGAAUCGACCAGCUUCUCAGCCGCCGCUGGCGGAUUGGGCAACGGUGAGCGAUUGUUCCCACCUCUGACGGGUCUGACUUUUAUGUGUUGGUUGUAUGUCGAACGGUUUUCGAGCUCAACGUCUGACGCGCACCCUCUUCGAUUGUUCUGCGUCACACGAUCAGUGCUCUCUGAAUUGUCCUGCAUUCAGAAGUCGCUCGACAACCUUAGCUUCACCGAGUUGGCCUUGUUGCAGAUUCAGCUGAGUCCAGCUGACCGGGCACUGCUCAUCGGCACCUAUGAAACAGAUACCCCUGGCGCUGAUUUGGACCGCGACACUGGUAGUCCUGAUGCGUUUGUCCGUGUGUCGGUCGACGAGCUCAAGCGCGAGAAACAGUGGACCCACCUGACGUUCGUCUUUAACCGUUCUGUGCUGAAGAGUAGCUCGCCCGUUGCCCACUUGGCAAUUAACGCCACUGUUGGUACUCCACCUGGACCCUUUCGCAAACAGUCGACUCUUCGUUGGCGACUUGGCACGACGUAUCUCAUCGAAGAGGGUCUCCCGGCAUACAUGGUCGCUGAGGCCUACGCGCUCGGACCGCAUUAUACAGGCAGCUUUCAGUCGCCGUUCUUAGCGUCCAGUCAGACACAGCAAAGUUUGAUACCGGAAGAGAAAAUAUCGUUCGGGUUACACGCGACCGCGCAUUCUACGAUGACCCUGUCGCGACUGCGUAAGGUGUACAACAGAGUGGACAGCAGAGCUGUUGCAAAAAUGUUGGGCAUUUCCAACCAUGAAAAUAUAACACCGGUCAGAAUUCUGCACAACUCUGCCGCUCAUCUGAAUGGUCCAGCGAGGACGUUGGGUGCGGUUGUGAUCGGAUACCUGGGCAUGAGGACCUUCUGUCCGAAGCCGGUCUCAAAGUUAUUGGAGUCAGUCGGCGGCGUCGCUUGUCUCAUUGAGUUGGUGGCGCUCGCCGAUGACACUGAGGCGCUCUACGCUUCGGUCAAGGCACUGUUCUGCGCUAUUCUGGCCAUGAUCCUAAAGAAGAAAAGUCAUUUCCUGAACUCGCACGUUUUGUACCUUCUGUUUUCGUUAGUCGGUACUUUGGACGCCACCCGAGAGACAGUCACUAUUCCAAGCGUGCAGGCGUUCGAGGACAUGUUUUGCGACGUGCUGGUUUGGUCGCAAAUUUCCGUUGAUCUGCAACGAAUGCUUUAUGAGCACUUCUAUCAGCUGAUCACUGACUCCAGUAGUCAGACGGAAAACUUAAACAUCAUUCGCCAAGUCGGCUUGCUUUCACGCGUGCUUCAGGUACUAGUUUAUGACCGAAGGCUGUUAUGGGUUACGAAAGACGUGGUAUUCAACCUAAUCGCGGCAAUUUUGCAGCCGAUAGCUGACGAUCUCUCUUUGCUGAGAUUCGGUCACUUUGUCGUUUCGACGUUGUGUCUAAAAGGUAUGGACAACGAGACGUGUUUACCUAUGGACGUUCGGGAUAUACAGGUGGAACUUUUCAAACAAGAGUUCAACGCAGAUGACGUGAGGCAAAUGACUAUGUACAACGUCUAUGUUCGCAAUCGUUGUUUGAACAUAUUGCUGAACAUGCUGCUUCACACCAGCGGCAAACUGAACAUGCAAUUAUGCGAAAACGUGGCGAGGGUCUUGGGUUUCGACUGGUUAUUCGCAUUUCUUAGUCCCGGUUGUCACGACGGCACCGUUUGGACCGCGUUGCAGAUUCUGCUUUCGUUGACUAAGCAUCCGUCGCUGAUGCAGAAGUUUCAAGACGGGACCGGCAAUGGCCACUGGCUGAGCGAGGCUGAAGUCGUGGUAGAAAAUCGCGCUGCCGUGCUGCUCGGUUUCAGUGUGUCUGCGCGGGGAGGCACAGUCGGUUCGUCAUGCGACCUUAAUCCAGAAAUCUGCAAUAUACCCGGCUACGUAGCAUUGCAGCUUCUGCUUCCAAACCACGCAUCGCUCUCCGGGUGUUUUCUAGCACUGCUGUCAAUGUUAGUCGGCCAGCCGGCAAAAAAUUGCCUUCCGUGCGUCCAUGAAUUCGACCUAGACACCAUCUGGUCGUUUAUUUUCGCCGUCUCUUCCAGCCAGUCGGUGACUGACGUGAUCAGCAAAUCGGUUCUCUCGCUGCCGGCUACUGGCCCGCUCCUGGCCAUGGUUCGGCGAUGCAUUUCUGAGAAUAACGACACUCCAUGGUGCCAAAACUACCCUACCGCGUUGUUGCAGUUCUUCACCUAUUUCUACCAUAAUGUACAGGAGUUCAGCUGCUAUGCCCAAAGCGAGGAUUUUGCUGUUCCCCUGGCGCUUACCCUAUUCAGUGAUCCUGACUCUACUACAAGCCAAACGCAGAAAAAGAAUGAAGAUCAGCCACCCCAUCCGGCUGUAAAAUUAGUUAUCGACCUGCUGCGAAACAUAAUAAUCGACAGCUUUUCUUGCGGAGUGUUAAGUAAAGGAGAUUCUGUCAUCGACCUGAUGAUCAAUCUAACACCGGACAGCUGUGAUGAUGCUGAGUAUCAAAACUUCAUAACAUCACUGUUUUCGUCGGUUGUGGUGCACGUUGUUGCUUCGGACGUAUUGGUCAACGGAAGCAUGUCGUCGAUGACGUCUUCCUCUAUUGCUCGGACUUCGUAUGGCAGCCUGGCAGCGAACGUGUUCUAUUUUACGUCUCGACUGGUGGACUGCGUAUGGAACGGUAUGCGCGGUCCGUAUGGUUCGUUCUUGCACAACGGAAACGACGUGUUUGACUACAUUCUGAAGCUGAUUAAUCAGCUGAAGCGCAGGACUGGACCCGGUGUACCGUAUGACUCGCUUUACUCGUCGCUGAACCGCUUCGUGCUGUUCGUUUUGUCCCGUUCCUGUGACAAUGUUCAAGGCAAGUCUUCGCGGUCAUUGUUGUCAACUAGCAGUGCACACGUGUUUUCUCGCUUUUACGUUUUAACUGCUUUGUUUUCAGUUCAGACCAGCAUCAGAGAAUGCCUGUGCAAAAUCAUCGCGAACCGCGGGGUCAUUUUUUCCCCGUCGAACAACGACCCAGAGUUUUUUGCGUGCCUUAUUCAUUUGCUGUUCUUGCUGGCCGAGGCAAAACACGCGGCGUUUAUGGUAGCGGCAGAAGACGUGGAUAACACGACGAACUCGUCUAAUGAAAAAGUGCGUAAGCAGUAUGUCACCAACGCCGCGAUCAUAGUCAGUUUAUCAACAAAAGUGUGGGAAGAAACGUUCUUAACCAAGAAACAACUAGUAGAAGAAAUCUUCAACUCGCCGUUAUGUCCUGAAAUUUGUGCCUCUCGAGCAUUAGCUUCAGAAUCGGCAAGCCGAAUAUGGCAAAAUUUCGUCAGCAACGAAGUCAGAGGUUGCUCAGGGAAGGACGCUCAACAAAUACACUCACAGCUGCAGUCUACGCUCACCGUUUGGAUGAAGGUGCAUAUUUCUCUCAUUCAAGAGCUCGUGGAAUUGCAGUACUCUCAAUAUCAACAGUGGCACGAACACACUGAAAAGUGGUGCCUCGAUGAAUGGUUUACUGUUGAACAAGAAUUGAUGAGGGAGCGCGGACUGUGGGGGCCAAUGCAUGCGUCUGUGUUGGAUAAAUACAUGCUGGAUAGUACGGAGGGCCCUUGCAGAAAGCGCAAGAAACUGGUCAUGAAUCCGACUUUUUACUCCAAUUAUCCAUAUCGGCCAAAUCAGGAACAGAAAAUUUCGAAAUGCAAAUUAGCUUCCAGUAGACACAGUGGUCCAUACUAUGAAAAAAUGAAAUUGCGACGCGGUCGAUUUCUCGAUCCAAGGAUUAUUGAUCUCAAAUUAGUCUACGAUGAGGUUUUAGUUGGUGGAUAUUUUGUGAGCAGGUACGGACCGCUGCAGGAUAGAGCGUCUCCGGAAGUGUUUUCAACGAAAGGUCCUGAUAAUCAGACUCUUCUCAGACUGCUCGAAGAGGGCGAGGAGCUGAACUCGAUGUUCCGUUGCGCCCGUGUCAACGGUUUAGACACCACCGAAGGAUUGCUGUUGUUCGGCAGGGACCAUUAUUAUGUGAUAGAUGGCUUUACGCUAUUGAAGACUCGUGAAAUCCGCGACCUGGAUUUCCUGCCCGAGGAGUUGCACUGCCCUAUUGUACCGUACAUCGCAAACGGAAUGACCAGGACGAGAGGACGCAAAAAGCUAUGCAGCAAAUUUGCUUACGAAGACAUACGCGAGUGCCAGAAGAGGCGUUACCUGCUACAGCCGAUCGCCAUCGAAGUGUUUUCAGCUGAUGGUCGCAACUACCUAUUGGCCUUUCCGAAGAAGAUGCGCAACAGCGUCUACUCAAAGUUUUUGUCAUCAGCUAAACGAUUGGCUGAUUCGGCUAACCAGAGCGUAUCCGGACAGAAAAGCGGCGUCGACGUCGAACAUGGUGCCGGCUUCUUCAGUGCUCUCAUGGGCGAGAGUAGCGUUACACAGCGGUGGGUACGAGGUGACAUCUCCAACUUCCAGUACCUGAUGUAUUUGAACACGCUGGCCGGCCGUUCGUACAACGAUCUGUCACAGUACCCGGUAUUUCCAUGGGUGUUGGCCGACUACGAAUCAGAGGAACUCGACUACACGUCGCCAGAGACAUUCCGUGACUUCAGCAAACCGAUGGGUGCACAAUCGCCAGAGAGGCUCGAACAGUUUAUGAAGCGCUACCUCGAAUGGGAUGACCCCACGGGUGAAACGCCUCCGUACAUGUACGGAACGCACUAUUCCUCGGCGAUGAUCGUACUUUCGUAUCUGGUUCGUUUAGAACCAUUCACGCAACAGUUUCUAAAAUUACAAGGAGGCCACUUUGAUCUUGCAGACCGUAUGUUCCACUCGAUAAAGGAUGCUUGGGUAUCGGCGUCUCGCAACAACAUGGCCGACGUCAAGGAGCUGAUUCCAGAGUUUUUCUAUCUGCCAUACUUUCUAACCAAUAGCAAUGAGUUCGACCUGGGUGUGAAGCAGAACGGCGUUCAGCUGGGGGACGUGGUGCUUCCGCCAUGGGCGAAAGGCGACCCGCUUGAAUUCAUCCGGGUGCACCGCGAAAGCUUGGAGUCCGACUACGUAUCAGCCCAUCUUCACGAGUGGAUCGAUCUGAUUUUCGGCUAUAAGCAGCAGGGCGCCGCUGCGGUAGACGCGCGCAACCUCUUCCACUACUUGUUCUACGAGGGCAACGUGAACUUCGAGGCGAUCGACGACCCGCUGACGCGUAACGCUACGAUUGGCUUCAUCAACAAUUUCGGCCAGAUCCCGACACAGCUGUUCAAGAAGCCACAUCCGAUGAAGAAGGCCUCGGUGGUAGACCCGCAUUCGUAUGCCCUCGGCGUCACCGUCGAACGCCUGUUCUACCACUGUCUGGACAGCUUGAAGCCACCGACACAGCCCGUCAAAGAACUGAAGCAGGCAGUCGGCAAGAUCGUCGUCAACGACAAAGGCGUUGUGUUCGCUGCCGAACAGAACAAGGAUCUCAUCCCGCCGACGUUUCUCAGGUACUUUGCCUGGGGCUUUUCAGACAGCAGUCUCCGCCUCGGCAUCUACGACACGGACAAGUCUUUGUGUAUCUACGAGUCGCAGUUCUGGGGUGAGAUCAUUUGUGCGAGUUGUCCGAAUGCCAGAACAGUCGUAACCGGAAGUACGAAUACGGUCGUUUCGGUGUGGGAAAUAGUCACACCAUCGUCCAGAAGCUCGGGCGUCAGGCUGGAAUUACGAAAGUCGUUGUACGGUCACACGGAACCCAUUUCUUGU